CCAUCGCCAAAGAAAAAGGCCAAACGUUCGAGAACCGACGCCGUGAAAGAAGAACCAAGGGAGGACCUUCCCCACAAUCUGGGACAUGUGGAAGAUAUUUCUGUGAAACAAGAGGCAGAGGAAGAUACAGCACCGAAGAGAUCGAGCAAGGUCCGAAAGUCUAAAAGCCUAGCAUCACCGAAAAAAGAAGCUAUUUCAGAGGAAGGUACCCCUGGCACCAAAGCGAAAGCGAAAUCAACAAAGACGAAAAACAACACCUAUGGCUUAACACCCGGGCAGAGUCCAUACCCAAAUUAUCACCAUCCAACUAAAGCCGAGUGUCAAGAAGUCGUCCGCUUACUCUCCAGCAUACAUGGGAAAGUCACUGCCCCCAAAACCAUUCCCACACCAUCCCUUACAGUGUCAGGCUGCGGGGAAGUGCCUUCCGUGCUAGACGCACUCAUCCGAACUCGGCUUUCGGCUGCUACUUCCAACACCAACUCUUCUCGCGCAUUUGCUGGCCUAGUAUCCAGAUUUGGAAUCCUUAAGAAUGGUGUUGGAAAAGGAAGCGUUGAUUGGAACAAAGUACGCUUAGCGGACACAAAGGAGAUCUUCGAAGCUAUCAAGAGUGGUGGCCUUGCAGAUGUAAAGAGCAAGGAUAUCAAGAAAAUAUUGCAAAUGGUUUGGGAGGAGAACCAAGCUCGUCGUGACUCCUUGGCCUCUGAAUCCGCGGACAAUCCAGACCAACCUUCCGUGGAUAAGGAAGCGGAAAUAAGUAAAGCAAACAGAGAUGUGAUUUCGCUUGACCAUCUCCAUCAGUUCUCGAAUGACGAUGCGUUCAACGCCCUCACCAAAUAUCCUGGUAUAGGCCCAAAGACGGCAUCCUGUGUCUUGCUAUUCUGUCUCCAGCGCCCCAGCUUUGCCGUUGAUACCCAUGUAUUUCGCCUGAGUAAAUGGCUCGGAUGGGUGCCUCCACCAGGCGAUCCAGCCGGUUUGCCUACCGGGAGCAAAGGGACGUUCAGCGGGCCAACUAGGAAUUCAACCUACGCGCAUCUAGAUGUCAUGAUUCCGGAUGACCUAAAGUAUCCACUGCAUUAUCUUCUAAUAAAGCAUGGGAAAACAUGUCCGAGAUGUAGAGCGAUUACAGGCGAGAAUAGCGAAGGCUGGGAAAAGGGUUGUGUGAUAGAUCACCUUGUUCAGCGAACCGGUGGCCGUAAAGAAGCUCGACCGAGCACAGCGAAGACCAAGACGUCAGGUGAACGCAAAGCGAAAAGAAAAAGGGCAACCGCAUACGACGAUGACAGCGACGAAAUAAGCGAUAUCAGUGAUUUUGGUAGUGACGAGGAGAGCGAUUUUAUUGCA